GAUUCCCCCGCCCCCGCGUUUACCUCCCCUGCCUCGCGGGGCCCGCCCCCCUCCGGCGCCCAGUCCAGCGCUCGCCUGCCCGCCGGCCGACCGCUGCACUGGAACCUGGCGUCCGGCUCCCCUGGCCAAGGACCCCGCGUCGCGGACCCGCGAUGGCCAAGCGCAGCUCGCUGUCCAUCCGCAUCGUGGAGGGGAAGAACCUGCCCGCCAAGGACAUCACCGGCAGCAGCGACCCCUACUGCAUCGUGAAGGUGGACAACGAGCCCAUCAUCAGGACGGCCACUGUGUGGAAGACCCUGUGCCCCUUCUGGGGCGAGGAGUACCAGGUGCACCUGCCGCCCACCUUCCACUCGGUGGCCUUCUACGUCAUGGAUGAGGAUGCCCUCAGCCGGGACGAUGUCAUCGGGAAGGUCUGCCUUACCAGGGACACGCUGGCCGCUCACCCUAAGGGUUUCAGCGGGUGGGCCCACCUGACCGAGGUCGACCCUGAUGAGGAGGUGCAGGGUGAGAUCCACCUGCGGCUGGAGGUGGUGCCGGGGACCCGGGCCCGGCUGCGCUGCUCUGUGCUGGAGGCCAGGGACCUCGCCCCCAAGGACCGUAAUGGCGCAUCUGACCCCUUUGUCCGAGUGCGAUACAACGGCCGCACGCAGGAGACCUCGAUCGUGAAAAAGUCAUGCUACCCACGUUGGAACGAGACGUUUGAGUUCGAGCUGGAGGAGGGGGCGGCGGAGGCGCUGUGCGUGGAGGCCUGGGACUGGGACCUUGUCAGUCGCAACGACUUCCUGGGCAAAGUGGUGUUCAACGUGCAGAGACUGUGGGCGGCCCAGCGGGAGGAGGGCUGGUUCCGGCUGCAGCCUGACCAGUCCAAGAGCCGGCGGGAAGAGGGCCACGUGGGCUCCUUGCAGCUGGAGGUGCGGCUGCGGGAUGAGACGGUGCUGCCAUCCGGCUGCUACCAGCCCCUGGUGCAGCUGUUGUGCCGAGAGGUGAAGCUGGGCACCCAGAGCCCAGGGCAGCUGAUCUCACUCAUUGAGGAGACGACCAGCACGGAGUACCGCCAGGAGGUGGCCACCACCCUGCUCAAGCUCUUCCUGGGGCAGGGACUAGCCAAAGACUUCCUGGACCUGCUCUUUCAGCUGGAGCUGAGCCGCACCAGUGAGGCCAACACCCUGUUCCGGAGCAACUCUCUGGCAUCCAAAUCCAUGGAGUCUUUUCUGAAGGUGGCAGGGAUGCGGUAUCUGCACGGAGUCCUGGGCCCCAUCAUUGACAGCGUAUUUGAGGAAAAGAAGUACGUGGAGCUGGAUCCCAGCAAGGUGGAAGUCAAGGAUGUAGGGUGCUCUGGACUGCACCGCCCGCAGACCGAGGCCGAGGUGCUGGAGCAGAGCGCACAGACGCUGCGCGCCCACCUGGGGGCGCUGCUGAGCGCACUCAGCCGCUCGGUUCGCGGGUGCCCCGCCGUGGUCCGGGCCACCUUCCGCCAGCUCUUCCGGCGCGUGCGCGAGCGCUUCCCCAGCGCCCAGGACGAGAACGUGCCCUUCAUCGCCGUCACCAGCUUCCUGUGCCUGCGCUUCAUCUCUCCUGCCAUCCUGGCGCCGAAGCUCUUCCACCUGCGAGAGCGGCACGCGGACGCCCGCACCAGCCGCACCCUGCUCCUGCUGGCCAAGGCGGUCCAGAACGUGGGCAACAUGGACACGCCAGCUUCCAGGGCUAAGGAGGCUUGGAUGGAACCGCUGCAGCCCAUGGUGCGCCAGGGCGUGGCCCAGCUGAAGGACUUCAUUACCAAGCUGGUGGACAUCCAGGAGAAAGACGAGCUGGACCUGCAGCGGACCCUGAGCUUGCAGGCACCCCCGGUGAAGGAAGGGCCACUCUUCAUCCACAGGACCAAGAGCAAAGGCCCCCUCAUGUCCUCCUCCUUCAAGAAGCUCCACUUCUCCCUCACCACGGAGGCCCUCAGCUUUGCCAAGACCCCCAGCUCCAAGAAGAGCACCCUCAUCAAGCUCGCCAACAUCCGGGCAGUAGAGAAAGUGGAGGAGAAGAGCUUUGGCAGCUCCCAUGUCAUGCAGGUCAUCUACACGGACGACUCAGGCAGGCUCCAGACUGCCUACCUGCAGUGCAAGUGUGUGAACGAGCUGAACCAGUGGCUGUCUGCACUGAGGAAGGUCUGCAUCAACAACACCGGCCUGCUGGGCUCCUACCACCCUGGCGUCUUCCGCGGGGACAAAUGGAGCUGCUGCCACCAGAGGGACAAGACAGAUCUGGGCUGUGACAAGACGCGGUCCUGGGUGACCCUACAGGAGUGGAAUGACCCUCUCGACCACGACCUGGAGGCUCAGCUCAUCUACCGGCACCUGCUGGGCGUGGAGGCCACACUGCGGGAGAAGCACCAACAACUGAGCAUGGGCCCAGAGGCAGGCCGCGGGCCAACGGGCCCUGGGGAAGCCCCCGAGGACCCACUGGCCGAGCUGCUCCAGGUGCUCGGGGACCUCCAGGAGGCCCACAGGUCCAGCCCAGCCGGCUCACCACCCUCGGAGCCCAGCCGCGUCCUGGAGCUGCAGACGUGAGGAUGCCCCGCAGGCUGUGCCGCGCCCCGCCAAGUGCGGGGAGACCCCUGCGCACUCUCAGCGUUUAGUCUCAGUCCCUCUUACUGGGAUGCAGGGCCUGGGUCCCUCCUGGGCCAGGGGAGCCAGGGGGACCAGGGGCUCCGGACGUCCAGGGCUGACAAGGCUUUGGCCGGUCAUCGCCCACCUGAUGUCUCCAGGGAGCUUCAGUUGCUCUCGCUCCUCUGUAAGGCCGGGCUGCUCCCUGCCGCCAUUGCUACCGCUCGCCCCAGGCUGCGCCAGGGGCCCUCCUCUCCUGCCCAAGGCAGAGCCAGCCAGAAGCCACCCUUUAUGGUGGCCCACUCCCAGAUGUACUAACGCUUCUCAGACCCAGAGAGGCAGGAGGGCGCGUGGGGCCCAGGAGACCAGGCCUGGACCUCAGCACCCCCUUUGCUCCCAGCCACCACCCCACCUGCUCCUCGGCUGUGCCCCCCGGGAGAGCAUCGAGGUGCUUUAUUGCCGACAAUAAACCUGCUGUGACUGCG